AUGCGACUCUCGCAAUUGCCAUUACCUCGCGCAACCAGUCGAGUCCGCCACACUUCCGAUGAAUCUCACCUCAACAAGCCCCGACUCCGAGCGCCUGUCAACGAUGGCAUCAAGAGAGCAUCUGUCAACGAUGACACCAAGACUUCCUCCAAACCUCCUCGAUUCCCGUCUGAGCUGUUUUUGCCUCAAAUGGCCCCGGGUCCGUUUCGUUCCAUCAGUUCUAACAGCACGGCUUGGCCUCCGAAGUUAGGAAUCAAGCGUAGAUCCUUCGAUCCUUCCUUCUUCCCAAACCACGCCCACUUCCAUGAAGCCGAGAAUGUCCGAGUCAAUUAG